CAUUGGAGGAACGGACAAGUUCACUGAAACACUCUUCAUCAAUUUUAUCAACAAAAUGAGGGGACUGUUUUUAUUGUUACUUGUUUCGAUGGGCUUGGCCUCCUGCCCUGAUGGGCAGUUCCAGUGUAUUGACUCUCAAGACUGUCUUUCCAUGGAGCAAGUGUGUGAUUUCCACCCUAACUGUGCAGAUGGAUCAGAUGAGGAGUUCUGUGGCACUUGUAACUUUGAAGAACAUGCAUGCGGAUGGAUUAACUCCAGUAAGGAUGAAUUUAAAUGGCGUAGAGAAAUGGCAAACAUCAGUGCUGUCCCUGGGGUGGACCAUACCACAGGAUCACCUUGGGGUGAAGUUAUGCAUGCAGAAGGUGAUCUUAAUAAUAUUUUUUCGGAAGCAAUUUUGGAGCACACACUUCCCAGAUAUACUGCACUCGGUUGCAAGAUAAGCUUUUGGUAUCAUCUCCAUGAUCCUACUAAUAUCUCUUCCGAGUUUUCCCUGAGUUUGAUUGGUAACACUUCAUCUGUAAAGUUAUGGUCAAUUAAAAAGGGCCAGACCAAUGGUUGGGAAAAUGCUUGUUUGUUAAUUGGAAAUCGUCCUCUGGGUUUUAAGCUUGUAUUUUCCGUGAUACCUACAUACAUCGGAAAUCAGGAUAUCAUGCUGGAUGACAUUACACUGAUGGACUGUGCAGAGGGAGACAUCCCUGCAGCUUCAGACCAGCUCAGCUGUGACUUUGAGAAAGACACCUGUUCCUGGUACCAUGACGAGUCAGCUACAAUCAAAUGGAAGAGAGAAUCUGGACAGAACCCUUCUUUUGGUUAUCAGGGACCUGGACAUGAUCACACCACUGGUUCGGGCUAUUUUAUGUUCAUAGAACCACAACAGUCCUUCAAACCACCUGUGACAGCCAGACUGGCCAGCUUUCCACAGCAGGGCAAAUGUGUCAGCUUCUGGUAUUUAAUCUACGGUGGAAACAUCGGUUCUCUCAGAUUCAUCACCAAGCACGCAAAUGGCAAUCUGACGCCAAUGUGGAUGAGGACAGGGACUCAAGGCAACAAGUGGCGUUUUGUGGACCUUAGUUUCGCAGACAGUGAAGAACCAAUUCAGAUUAUAUUUGAGGGCAUCCUGGAAGGCACUAAAGGCUACAUCGCCAUAGAUGACGUGCAGGUGUCAAACAGUAUAAAUGGGUCCUGCCCAGCUGAGAGGGAAUGCACCUUCCAAGGCUCUCUGUGUGGCCUGUCAUCCGACCCUACAGCUGAUUUUACCUGGAUCAGAUCUAAUGGAGAACUGGCAACUGGCACCCCCAGCCCUGCAGCGGACCAUACUUUAGAGACUGAUAAGGGCUUUUACCUGAGUGCACAGCUGUGGAAGAACCCCAGAGGCAGCAGAGGCAGCAUGCUGAUGGAUGUCAAUCACCCUUCCUCUGAGCACGGAGAGUGCUUGAUGUUCUGGUACCACAUGAAUGGAAGAGACGUGGGCUCUCUUAACAUCUAUGUCCAGGAGCUGCACAGUGCCAGAUCUCAAAUGCCUGUGUGGAGUGCAAGUGGAGAUCAAGGAGAACAGUGGAGACAUGGCAGAGCAACACUCAUAAGUCCUCACAGCCCAUAUAAGGUCAUAUUUGAAGCAGUGGUUGGAAAUGAGCUGAAACAUGAUAUUGCCAUUGAUGACCUAACAGUUCUAAAUGACCCUUGCCCCCCUCAUGGGUUUUGUGAUUUUGAGAUGGACAUGUGCGGAUGGGUGAAUACUCAUGUCAACAUCUCCAGUGUAGACUGGAGCUGGACCUCUGGAACCAGUGGUGGUCAAUUUGUCCCCGACGUCGACCACACCACAAACACUGCCAUGGGACACUACAUGGUCUUUGAUACAGAUGAAAAACCACAUCAGAUUGCUCAUUUUGAGAGUGAGAUGAUGGAUGCUGAAUCUCAAGGCUGUUUGGAGUUCUGGUACCACAUGCAUAUGUGGGGAUAUGAAAAGACCAAACUAGAAAUUUAUGUAAAUGAGUCCGGUUCUCUACGUGGUCUGUGGAAUCAAACUGGCGAUCAUGACAAUGUGUGGCAUCAUGUCACUUUAGACUACCAAUCAUCUGAACGACACCAGAUUGUGUUUGAAGGAGUAAGUCAAUCCUUACACUCAGGUGUUAUUGCUUUGGAUGACAUCUAUAUCAGGAGGAAUACACGCUGCUCUGACCUUGUCCCAACAACAGCAGUACCCACAACUGAGCCCACCUCUCCACCUGCGUCCUCCAUGGACUGCAACUUUCAGAAGGGACUAUGUGACUGGAUCCAGGAGACAGAUGAUGGAUUUGAUUGGAUCCAUCAAGUGGGUGGGAAGGUGAAUGAGCCAUGGCUAGGACCUUUAUAUGACCACACUUUAAAGAAUUACAAUGGGUUUUAUCUAAUAGUAAAUAUGUCUGGAGAACAUGAAACCAGUAAGACAGCAGUCAUUUCAGCGCCAAUGAUAAUUCAGAGCACUGAUGUCUGUAUUGGAUUCUGGUACUACAUGUUAGGAACAUCUCUUGGAAACUUAGAUCUGCUUAUUGAGAAGAAAACAAUGGAAACCAUUACAUGGACAAGAAGAGGCACCCAGACCUCCGAGUGGCUGAACGCACAAGUUUCCAUUAGUACUGCAGACGUUGAUCGAGUAAAGUUCUCAGGGAGCAGAACAGCAGGAGGCAGCGGCUUUAUAGCCAUUGAUGACUUCAGUGUGACUGCAGGAACCUGUGUGGAACACAACCCGUGUGGAUUUGAGUCUCCCUCGCUGUGUGGCUUUGAACACGAUGUGACUGACAGCAAUAUCUGGCUCCAUGUGGACGGCAGCAGUGGCCAUAUUGACCAUACGUACAGAACUGAACUUGGGCAUUCAAUGGCUGUGCUUGGGUCCAAUCUUCAGAAACUAGAGGUUUCAAAUCUUCUGACACCAGAGUAUAGCUCAUCUACAGGGUCCUGCUUGCAGUUCUGGUAUUGGCUGUCUGCAGGCUCAGGUGGUUCACUCUCAGUGCAUGUUCUUCUGAAUGGGGAGAUGGGUCCAGCACUCUGGUCUCUUUCUGGAGCGACUUCUGAUAGUUGGGAGGUAGCAGAGGUCACUGUGUCAUCUCCUUCCAAAUUCAGAGUGGCGUUCAGAGCAGAGCUCAGUCAAAACUCUGAGUCGUUUAUUCUUCUGGAUGAUGUCUCUGUUCAAACUGGAGCUUGUUCCCAAGCAGGAAGUUGUGAUUUUGAGUCCGGAAAGUGUACAUGGGUGAAUGCUGCUAAUGGAUUCACAGAUGAACAUGACUGGAUUCAUGCAGAUGGUCGCUACAGAGGUCCUCCUGUCGAUUACACUACUUACACUACAGAUGGCAAAUUUCUUUUGAGCCCAUCUCAGAGGAACAGUCAAGGCCAAAAAAGUAGGUCUGUGCUGACCUCUGAAAGGAUCCAGCCGACCAGUGACUCUUGUUUGGAGUUCUGGUACCAAAUAAAUGGAAGUGACCCUGGGAUUCUUAGACUGCUAUUAGAUUCGGGUGCAACAGAGCAAGAACUGCUGUUUGAAACACAGGCCACUGGGAACAAUUGGGAAAACGUCUCUAUCACUGUGAAUGAGACCAAACCGUUUCAGAUUCACUUAGAGGCUCAAACAGGCAGUGAAGGAUACAUUGCAGUGGAUGACAUUAGAUUGACAAAUGAGCCAUGCAAAGACAUCAGCGUGGAAAGUGGAGUAUUUGUUGGAUGCAACUUUGAGCCAGAUACUUGUAAUUGGAAAGAUAUCAGUGUCGGGCAGUUUGUUUGGGAGCGGGACCAGAAUGGUACAACCACCGCAAACACUGGCCCAUCAGUGGACCACACUACUGGCACAGAGCUGGGCUGGUACAUGGCAGUAGAAGCCAGCCAUGGUGACCAGAACAGCUAUGCUGCUCUUCAGAGUCCUGCCAUGAAAGAGGCCAGCAAUGAGUGUCUGCUUGAAUUCUACUACCACAUGUUUGGGGAGGGCAUUGGGGAACUAAAAGUGUUCCUCCAAGAAGGUCCAAGGAGGACGCCCUUAUGGUGGAUGUCUGGUAACCAUGGAGAUGAGUGGCAUCGGGCAGAGUUGAGUGUGGGUCGCACCCAUCAGGUUUUCACUCUCCUCUUUGAAGCUACCAGAACCUUCAGCGAGCUCGGGGACAUUGCUAUAGACGACAUUACCUUUUUAAACUGCACUCUGCCAGAGCCUCAUGAAUCUUGUCAAGAAGGCAUGUUCAAAUGUUCCAACCAUGUGUGUGUGGAGCUGAACAGAGUGUGUGACUACAGCGAUGACUGCGGUGAUGGCUCUGAUGAAGAGCUCUGUGAUGUAAAGGGUUAUAAGCAUCGCUGCAGUUUCGAGCAGGGAAUGUGCUCGUGGGAGAAGAGUGACUUAGAAGCUGGCUGGAUUUUGCAGAAGGGAGAACAAGCCUGGCCUAAGCAUGGACCACCAAGAGACCAUACCCACAACACUGCAGCAGGUCAUUUCAUAACUCCAGCACAUGAACUGACAGCAGAGAUCAUCUCCAGCACGCUGCUGCCCAGCUCUGAUUGCACCGUAAGGUUCUACCACUAUUCUCACGGUGAUAGCACUGGCUCUAGGCUAGUCGUCACGCUGAGGACGCUAAGUAAUGGAGAUGAUGACAAUAUACUUUGGGACAAGACUGUGACACAGAGCUUCCUCUGGCACAGAGCAGAAAUCACCUUUUCUACCUCAGUUAAGAGCAAGAUUGUUUUCCAAUAUGUGGGAAAUGGUGAGGCUCAUGCAUCGCAAACAGCGGUGGAUGAUAUUUCCUUCUCUGGGACGUGUGCUCAUGAUCCGGAGAAUAGCGAGCUGCCAGUCACACCUGAGCCAACGAUGACACCAGCUACAGCAACUACAUCAAUGACUGAUGCUUCUUCAGCUUCACCAACAGUCAACCCUUGUAAGGAGAAUGAAUUUCACUGCUGGCGGUCAGAUGGCGUAACAUGCAUUGUAGCUGGUGCUCAGUGCAAUUAUGACCUAGACUGCCCUCUAGGGGAGGAUGAAGAAAGCUGCGGUCCAUGCAAUUUUGAGAAUGGACAGUGCCAAUGGAGUGAUAUAAGUGUAGGUCCUAACAAGUGGCAAUGGGUGAAGGCCACAGACAACACAGACUUGCCUACUGACCACACCACUGGAACAGGGCACUACAUGCAGACGUUUAUGGAUCCGUCUAAGAACGAGGCUGUGUUUCAGAGCCCAUCCUUGCCUAUCAGCUCUGCUUACUGUCAGCUUCUGUUUCACUUCCACAUGGGUACUGGAAGUGCAGGAAAUCUCAGCGUGAUCCUGCAGAAGGGAGAGGACAGGAAGCUGCUCUGGUCACGAUCCAGCAGCACUUCAGUUGAGUGGGUCCCAGAACACUUACCACUGGGCAAACAAGACCAGCCUUACAGGUUAAUUUUUAGCAGCCAGACCUCACUCAAAGAGGAAGGUUCCCUGCCUACAACUCAAAUGACUGCCCUGGAUGAUGUCUCCUUCCACAACUGUGAGAAGGACUUCCAACCUCCAGACUUUUCCUUGGUCACAUGCUCUUUUGAGAAGGACUUGUGUGGGUGGGUUCAGGGAGCUUCAGAGGACCUAGACUGGGAGAGAUGGAACGGGUCGACUGAGAUUCCAAAUACAGGCCCUUUGGGGGACCACACCAGUGGAAAUGGGUAUUAUUUGUACAUCAAGGGCUCAAGUCAUAGCAGAACUGGGGACAUGGCUCAUUUGAAGUCUCCUCUGUCGCCCCCUACUGGACCUGAUGGAUAUUGCUUCAGGUUCUGGUAUCACAUGUUUGGAGCAACAGUGGGAUCAUUAAGAAUGUCUAUAUAUGACAUUUCAUCCAACCACAUCACAUUAAUGUGGAAAAGGGAAGGGUCUCAGAGGAAUGAAUGGCAGUUGGCUCAGAGUCAUGUUAAACUCACAGAUGUUCAUCAGGUAUUAAUUGAGGCUUCAGUUGGAGGUCUGUCUGGGCACAUUGCUAUAGACGAUUUAUCCGUCACUAAGGGUCCCUGUUCUCCCACAGAGGGUCUUUGUGACUUUGAAGAGGGAGAUUGUGGCUGGACACAACAGGAUGAUGAUGACCUGGAAUGGAUCCGAGUGUCAGAAAAUAAUGUAAAAUCUAAAUCUAGACCUGGUUUCGACCAUACAACCAACGCAGCGAGUGGAUCCUACUUUUAUAUGGAAAGUGCAUCUACCCAUGUGCAAGGACAUAAAGCUAUAAUGACAUCUCCUCUGCUUCAAACAGGUGAUGCCAAGUGUCUCCAGCUAUGGUAUUACAUGGAGGGACCGGGCACUGGGACUCUAAAUGUGUAUCAACAGUUCUCAGAUAAAGAUUGGCCCCUGCUGGUGACCAAGUCUGGAGAACAGGGAGGAAUGUGGAGGUUUGCCCAGACCCCUCUAACCCUCUCAGAGUCAAACUACAGAAUUGUGGUGGAGGGGAUUGCAGGCCAGACUGAACAGGGAGUCAUAGCACUCGAUGAUGUUCAGCUUUCAAACUAUCCCUGCACUCCUUCAGGACAAUGUGACUUUGAAGCAAACUUCUGCAGCUGGAUGAAUCUAAGAGAGGUGGAUGAUACAGACUGGCUCAGAGCCCAGGCACGUACUGGAAAUAACACACGACCCAGUGUGGACCACACCACCAACACUUCCACAGGUUAUUACCUUUAUAUGGACAGUUCUGUGGGAUUCUGGGGAGAGACUGCCAUGAUCCUGAGUGAGAUAUUCACACCUGACAGCAGGGGACACUGCUUCACAUUCUGGUAUCAUAUGUAUGGACACAAAGUUGGGACGCUCAAAUUAUAUGUCAAUAACAGGACCAUCCAUAACAGUGGGAAUAAGCUUGGCCAGAUAGUAUGGGUGGAGUCAGGAGAUCAGGGUGACGUGUGGAGGACAGGCAAGAUCUACGUGUCAUACCGGGAACCUUUCUGGUUUAUAUUUGAAUACCUGAAGGGAGAAGGUUCGAAAGGAAGUAUAGCUAUUGAUGAUGCUCACAUUGUUCCCGGGCCAUGUGACUCAGAUGACACCUCACCUCUUCCACACUCUAGUGACACUGUAGGUAUUGGUGUUGGAGUGGGAGUGACGCUUGUGGUGAUAUUUACUGUAGGUGUUGUCCUUUUUGUGCUGAAUAAAAAAAGAAAAAGGCAAUCUAUACUUGAAGAUGACGUGCUUAGUAACUCUUCUUAUGGCCCCUUUGACUGCAACAUGAAUGGUUUAACAACCACAGCAGAGAACGGCAGCUCCAGUCACAAUAUUUCACUUUCAACAAAUGGAAAUGACGAAUAUUUCACAUAAAAUGAGCAAUCACAAACUCACAUAGAAAUAAAUAUAUUGCAUGUCAUCUUUAUGCCACAUCCAUAUUCCCAUUAUAUUGAAAAACAAAAUGGAAUCCUCCUCACUAAAUGCAGCUAUUCACACAACCAUUUGGUAUACCAGUAGCCGAAUGACUGAAUCAUUGCCAAACACAGCACCUUGUACUGGAAAGAGUUGACACCAUGUACUGGAAAUACAGUAAAAUGAUGCAUUGGCUAUAUAUGUUUCUUACAAUCUCAAGUAGCCUACUAUUUAAUAACAUUUAUAUACAGUAAGUAAUCUAGAUUAUAUAAUUAUAUAUCUGUCAUGCAAAUACAGGCUUAGCAUGUGACGCUUGCAUGCCACAGUGCCAUUUCAAAGGUGUUUUCAUUUAUUUUUAACUCUAUUUUUAUUCUUUUUUUUUAAUUUACAAAUUUACAUCCUACUUGGAUAACAACAUUGCACUGAAAUAUGUUGAAGAGAUGUAGGCUACUACUUCUGUGCAAAUAACGUUAUAGAGUGUCAGGAACCCAACUUUUGCUUUGUUUAAAUUCACUUUAUAAGACUGAAAAUAUUAUCAGUUCACCCAAGGCUUUUUUUCUACUGCAGCUUUGUAUUAUGACAUCACAUCGUGACUGCUUUCUUCGUUUAGUUUAGGCAGAUUACAAGAACUUUCUUAUCUACUGUACUUGAAAUGAGGUUUGACCCAUGAAACCAGACAAUUUAGAUUUCACCUAAAACAAAAAAGAAUUGGAUUUGGAUGGAAAAGGCUAUGCCUGAUAUUUCACUUUUUAAACCCCUUAAUCUUGAGUUGACCUAACAUCAUUCGGAGAGAGGGCUGUUUGACUUUUCCAAACAUAUGGGCCAGAGAAUCCUCUCAGCCCUAUGAGACAUUUCACACUCACCUAAUCCACUCAUUUCUCAUAGGAAACAGUAUCCUCACUGUAAGCCAACUCUCCCUCUGUCUGCCUUUCAAACAAGCACACACACUCUCACAUAACCACAUUCAUCCAUACACUUACAAGUAGGCCCACAAGGAAGGAUGAAACACAUCCGUUUUAAGUGCCCAGAUAAAUGAAAGUAAAAGGUGGAAGCUGAUUUGUAUGCCAGUGAUGUCUCUGUUUAAAACAUUGCUAAUCCACUGCUUAUUAUGGCUCUGUUUAUGCUGACACAAAGUCUGCGGUUCACAAUCAAGGGACAUUGUUGACUCCGUGACAUGUGCAAUGUGGUUGAAUACUAUAUUUACAAUUCUGUUCUGUGCUUAAUGGUAAAAAUAAAUGUUUGCGCCUUGUU